AUGGCCGCCCGGGCAGACAGGAAGUCGAAGGUUUUCAGUCGGCGAGAGAUUGAAGCUCAGAUCGCCAAUGGACGCUCAAUUGUCAUAGUGGACAGCAAGGUCUUGAAGGUAGACGCAUGGCUACCCUACCACCCAGGCGGGGACAAAGCCAUCCGGCACAUGGUGGGACGAGAUGCAACAGACGAAGUCACUCGUUUCCACUCUACGCAAACACUCGAGCUCAUGAACCGCUACCAAGUCGGCCGCAUUGAAGGUCGAUGGAUCAACUUCCUACCGCCGAUACAGGGUGGAAAGUUCAGGACACAAGAAGAGCUGGACAAAUUUUCAGAGGAGGAAUACAUGGAAUCAUGCUCUUCUUCGGAGCAAGAGACUGCUAGCUCAGCUUCUUCUGCCGACAGCAGCCCACUCUUCGAACCAGCGGAUCGUCCCUCUGCUUCGAUUCGCAAGCGUAAUGGAGCCGACAUUGGCAGAGCUUCCUCGACUUCCAGCGUCUCAUCGGUCGAGUUGGAAGAUAAGGUAUCUCCGAAGAUGUCAGUGCUUGACAGGCGAACUCAGGAAGAGCUAGACUUCGACAAGGCCAAAUAUCCGUCUCUAGAUCCGGCCACUCAAGAUCACAUCACACAAAAGUACCGCGAGCUGCAAGUGCGCAUAAAGCAAGAAGGGCUCUACGACUGCAACUAUACCGCGUACGGUGUUGAGUGCCUACGUUAUGGGUCUUUCUUGGCCGCGUUCCUGUUUCUUUUGUCAACAGGAUGGUAUAUUACCAGUGCCAUCCCGCUUGCGUGCCUUUGGCACCAGCUCACAUUCACUGUCCAUGAUGCUGGUCACAUGGGCAUUACCCACGAUUUUACGACCGAUUCGACCAUUGCAAUGUUUAUCGCCUCGUAUAUGGGCGGUUUGAGCGCUUGCUGGUGGAAAUACAAUCAUAACGUGCACCAUCUCGUUACGAACCACCCCGAACACGAUCCCGAUAUCCAGUAUAUUCCCUUCUUCUCCAUCACACAUCGAUUCAUGGAGAGUCUCACCACGACCUUCUACGAGUGGGUCAUGGAAUACGAUGCCUUUGCAAAGCUCAUGAUCCGGAUACAGCACUACACCUACUACCCGAUCAUGCUGUUUGCGCGUUUCAAUUUGUACAGACUUUCAUGGAUGUAUCUGCUUCUUGGAAAGGGACCCAAGAAAGGACCCGCAUGGUGGCACCGAUACUUUGAGAUUGUGGGCAUGACUGUCUUCUGGACCUGGUUCGGCUACGGUGUUGUGUACAAGUCCAUUCCUGACAACUGGAGUCGAUUCUGGUUCGUCAUGAUUGCCCACGCGCUUACGUCACCGCUUCAUGUGCAGAUUACGCUGUCUCAUUUCGCUAUGAGCACAGCGGAUCUGGGUAUCCACGAGUCAUUUGCCCAGAAGAUGCUUCGCACAACAAUGGAUGUUGACUGCCCGCAGUGGUUGGAUUUCUUCCAUGGUGGCCUACAGUUUCAGGCUAUCCACCAUCUGUAUCCACGAAUCCCCAGGCAUAAUCUGAGGCAGACCCAAAAGUUGGUGCAGGAGUUUUGUAAUGAAGUGGAUAUACCGUACGCGUUGUACGGCUUCCUGGACGGCAAUAAGCUGGUCGUUGGACGACUGGCUGAUGUAGCAAGACAAGCUGCAAUCUUUGCUGAAUGCCAGAGGACGAUCGCCGCAGAGGGAGACUAUGGAAUGCAUUGA